GGAGGAAGUAAGGUGUCGACGAUGGGGCCGGGGCGCCUGCGCAGCCGCUUCGUGAAGAAGAACGGCCAGUGCAACGUGGUCUUCACCAACAUGCAGGACAAGCCCCGCCGCUACCUCGCCGACAUCUUCACCACCUGCGUGGACAUCCGCUGGCGCUACAUGCUGGCCAUCUUCUCCGCUGCCUUCCUGGCCUCCUGGCUGCUGUUCGGACUCGUGUUCUGGGGCGUGGCGCUGGCCCACGGCGACCUGGACCUGGGCCGGGGGCUGGGCUCGCACCUGGGGGGCGGGCCCGGAGGCGGCAGGAAGGAGGAGGAGGAGGAGUGGAAGCCCUGCAUCCUGCACGUGCACAGCUUCGUGGGGGCCUUCCUCUUCUCCAUCGAGACCCAGACCACCAUCGGCUACGGCUUCCGCUGCGUGACCGAGGAGUGCCCGGUCGCCGUGGCCACGGUGGUGGUCCAGUCCAUCGUGGGCUGCAUCAUCGACUCCUUCAUGAUCGGCACCAUCAUGGCCAAGAUGGCCCGGCCCAAGAAGCGGGCGCAGACGCUGCUCUUCUCCCACCACGCGGUCGUCGCCCUGCGCGACGGGAAGCUGUGCCUGAUGUGGCGGGUGGGCAACCUCCGCAAGAGCCACAUCGUGGAGGCCCACGUGCGCGCCCAGCUGAUCAAGCCCUACAUGACCGCCGAGGGGGAGUACCUGCCCCUGGAGCAGACGGACCUGAACGUGGGCUACGACGCGGGGCUGGACCGCCUGUUCCUCGUCUCCCCGCUGGUGAUCGUCCACGAGAUCGACGAGCAGAGCCCCCUGUACGGCCUGAGCAAGGAGGACCUGGAGACGGAGGACUUCGAGAUCGUGGUCAUCCUGGAGGGCAUGGUGGAGGCCACGGCGAUGACCACGCAGGCCCGCAGCUCCUACCUGGCCCGCGAGAUCCUGUGGGGCCACCGGUUCGAGCCGGUGGUCUUCGAAGACAAGCACCGCUACCAGGUGGACUACUCCCGCUUCCACAAGACGUACGAGGUGCCCUCCACCCCGCAGUGCAGCGCCCGCGAGCUCAGCGACGCCUCCUUCAAGAUGACCAGCCCCUCCCUGUCGCUGCCCCCGCCCAGCCCCCCGCCCGCCAUGCUGCCCCUGCCCACCAGCGCCUUCUGCUACGAGAACGAGGUGGCGCUGCACUGCCGGGAGGAGGAGGAGGAAGAGGAGGAGCGGGGGAGGGAGAUGGAGGAGCUGAGGGACAGGGCGGGCGAUUUCCGCGCCCCGGACGAUGUCCUCAGAGUCCUGGACGUGGAGAGCCGCCUGGAGUUCGACCGGCUGCAGGCCGCCAUUCCACUGGACCCGCUGUCCUUCAGGAGAGAGUCAGAGAUAUGAGGCAGACUGGGAGGGG